UGUCGAUAACCCAACGAGAACUUAUUCAUAUGCAUCAAAGUUGAAAAUGGGAAGCAUGGGAAAAGCAAUCAAGUCAUCAGAGUCCCUCAAACAACUUGAGCAGCAGCAGCACACAGAUGAGACAAAUCAGAAAUUUGACAGAACUUCGCUUUCUUCAACUCACCCAUCAAACGGCAAUGUACGUGCUGCUGACGUUUUCCAGAAGAAAAAGUAUAAGAGUGGCGAUCCUUGCAAGGCACCCAGCUCUGACAUUUCCUCGGAUUCGACGACCGAGCAUGUUACCCUGGACACUCUUUCCAACCAUUCGAGGGAAAACUCCCACUCCGGUUUGGAAGUCGACAAAUUUCACGAGGAGACAGGCAGAAUAAUAUCACAUUCCAAACUUCCUUCGUGCGGUACCCUUGGGUCUCUGAUAAACGAAGACCUCCUCGAGAUUGGGGAGGAUGAGGGGCUGACGCAGGCAGGAAGGACUGAGGGACUUUUGCUGGACGAUACUUGUGUACAGGGAAGAGAUCUUCCUCUUUCUCCUCCAUUCAAUUAUUAUCACGACCAGGAUUAUUUUUUUGAAGGACAACACCCAGAACAUAAAUCUCCGCAGGAACAGGAACCGCAGCAGCAGAUCCAAUGCCCACAAGCGAAGGAAAUGGCCGCUGAAGCGUUGCCCUCGGUGGCAAGCGUCUCUCUUGAUAUUGAAACCCCUGCUAAAAAGGGAAAAACGAAGCAAUCUUGCCCCUCGUUGGUGCUAGACCCAUCCACGGGGGUUGAAGCAAUUACAAGAUCGAUGGAAUGCGGCAGUGGUACCACGCAGAUAAGCGGCAGCGGCAGCAGCCUCAGGGCGUGUGAGAGCAACACCAGCAACGGCUCUGGAAUCUUGCGGAAAGGAAAGUGGACCGUCGAGGAAGAGGAGUAUACAGCUCGACUCAUUUACUACUUUAACCGCGGUCUGCUUCAGCUGCCUGAGGGGCAGACUCUACGGGCGUACAUCUCCCACAAACUCAAGUGCGACCCCAUGCGCGUCACAAAGAAAUUCACCGGUGCUUGCUGUAUCGGAAAAAAGGCUUUCAGCGGUGCACAGCAAGCUCUACAGCCACAUCUACAGAGAGGAGAGGUAGGACAGGGUGUGGCUCCUGAGGACGUGAAUCGAGCAAAGGAGGAAUUGGAAAGAUUGGAAAAACGCUUUUGGACGACGCUGGAGCAGUCGGAAGAGGGCUACUGCUAUCGAAACGGUGUGCUAGGACUGGGAUGGGGAUUUGACUGCAUGAUGCUGGGACGAGGGGGAGAAGCAGAGAUGGCCCAGCAACAGUCCUGGAAUCCCAUUUUGCUCGCUGCUUAUCAGCAACAGUUGAUGGCGACAGCUGCACCGAGAGCUGAGGGGAAUGCAAAAGGGACAGACAACCAGGGGGAAGGCGGCGGAGGGGCUGGGAGUGGAGUCUCAAAUAAAGGCAACGGAAGCAACAGUAGCAGCACCACCUUGCCUUCUUCACUCCCAAACACGAUCAAGAUGGACCAGAGCCAAGCCCUUGCUCUCUACGCGCGCUUAGGCAUUCCACCGCCGCCGCCUACGUAUUUAGACCCCACCGUCCGAAAGACACUCAACCUUCCACUGCCGGGAAGCAAGCAGCGGGGCGGCUUGAAAAACAACUUUGGCCUCAACCUAAAUGACCUUGGCAGCACCAUCGGAGAAAAGGGUGCCAGCACUCGUUUUUCUCGCACCCUUGACGAUGUCAAGAACGGGUCUGAGGGCCGGGGGGAU